CAUAUGGUAAAAAAUGAUUUUUACAUUUAAAAUUUCGAAUUUAUAAACAUCAAAGUGAAAAAUUGUGUCUUAAAUUAGGAUUAAUGCAAGAAAAUGGAAUAUUUAGAAAAUUUUCAUUUAUCUAUAUAUGUGAAUUUAGUUAUUAAUUAUACGUUUUACUUUUUUUGUAUUACUUAAUUAAUGUUACUUAUUUUUGUAUAUUUGUUCGCGAGUCCACGAGAAAACUAUCAUAGUUUACUUUUGUACUAUUUUUUUUACCACUAACAAAUUUUUUAUCUUUACCAUAUAAAUUUAUUACUUUUCAGAGUUCCUUACGUUACAGUGUUUUAUAAUCAAGAAGAAUAAAAUGGUUAUAUCUUCGAUUUUUUUUUUUAUUUUUAAGAAACUACACCGUUUUGAUAUAACGAAUUUACAACCGGUUAAUCAGCUGACAGAAACUGCGCGCGUCGUUUUUGAUGUUAAGGUGAUUCUGCACUCAAUAAAAACAGGAGGAAUUUCGUCGUGCCUAGAAGUCGAUUAGGCGAUUCCACAAUAGCUAAAUGUUUUUCGCGAGUAAAUAUUAUUGAAAUUAUAAAAAAAAAAAUUUGUUUUGUUAAAGAAAAUAAAAAUUUUAUAUUCUUCUAAGUAAAAUGUUUUUUUUUAAAUUUUUACUACACGUUGAAUUUUCACGGUCGUGUCACUUAAUUUGAUUGGCUGUACUGAAGAUUCCAUUUCCGUUUGGUUAGUGUCAUUAAGGCCUUUCUCCAAUAGGUUCCUAAAUAUUUGCUUUUGCGUGACUGACGCGUUGGUUCGCAAGCGCAGUGACGUCAUCAAAGCAUUGAUACCAAUCGCGAACAAAAAGUUUGGUUUACGUUCCUCUUAUCCCUGUUUUCCAACUUUACAAUUUUUAAUGCAAAUGUUUCUCGAAGGUUUUUUUUUAAUAAUUUUAAUUAUUUAAUAUUUAUAAUUAAAAAAUUCAGUCUCUUAAAAUCAUAAACCAAACUUUUUGUUAGCGAUUGGUAUCAAUGCUUCGAUGACGUCACUGGGAUUGCGAACCAACGCGUAAGUCACGCAACGCAAACAUUUAGAAACAUAUCUUAUAAAAAUCUUAAAUUUUUACAUGAGAAAAAAAGGAUAGAAAUAUCUUUUGUCCUUUUCUAUCUCAUGUAAAAGUUUAAGAUUUAAGGUACUUUUAUACCUCUAGUAUUUUGGUCAAGCAAUCGGCUUGGAUUGAAUUUUCACGGAGAAUCACUAAAUUUGAUUGGCUCCAAAAAAGUUCAAUUUUCACGGUGAAAAUCUAAUUUAUUUGUCAGAGCCAAUCAAAUUCAGUGAUACAACCGUGAAAAUCCAAUCCAACCGAUUGCUUGACCAAAAUACUGGAGGCAUAAAAGCACCUUUAUAUUUGCGUAAGCGCAGUUAGCGUUUGGUGACUGCCAUUGGCAUCUUUGCCACUGUCGAGCGACGUUAAAUUUUCUAUUGGAGAAUCACCUUAACAUCGCAAACGACGCGCGCGCAGUUUCUAUCAGCUGAUCAACCGAUCGCAAUAGCGUUGUUAAAACGGUCUAGAAUUUCUUAGUUUAUUUAAAAAAAAGUCGAAAAUUGAACAAUUUUAUUCUUCUUGAUUAUAAAACAGUGUAGUGCAAGGAAUAUUUUCAUCUUUAACGUUUUCAAUUUCGUCACCACAAACCCGAGGACCUGAGCAUCACAGGAUUAAAAUGGGCAGCUGCUUGGCAAAGAUGGAGUGCAGUGCCAUCAAUAAUGUGGCGUUCUGGUGCUGCAUUAGGUAAAGGUCUAAGUUCAGGAUCAUCAACACCUGAGGGUUUCAAUUGUCCAGCUUGUGGUCGUGUUUACAAAUUAAAAAGCAGUCUUCGUAAUCACCAAAAAUGGGAAUGCGGUGUUCCGGAUCAUACAAAUCACAAGAGCAAAGGAAGAGAAAUUCAAGAAGGAAGCAAAGGAUUUUUUGCCAGUCUUGGAUGGAAUGCUGAUGGUACAAGAAGAAUAUCAAGAAAUUCAAAUGAUGUACCAGCGCCAUUGGCACCGCAAAGACGUGCACGACUUCAUUGUCCAUCGCAUCACGUGAGCCGUAACAAUAAUCGACCAAUUAAUAUUUCAGCUCUCGAUCGACGUCACAAUUGUGCACGUUGUGGUAAAAGUUACAAGAAUGCCUAUAUAUUGAAACGUCAUACACUCUAUGAAUGUGGAAAAGCGCCAUCAUUUUCAUGUCCACAUUGUGCUUUUAGUUCCAAAUAUGAGAGAAAUUUGAAAGCUCACAUUAAUCAUCGUCAUAUGGAUGUUCAAUCACAAUCCAGUGCCACAAUUAAUCAACGAGCUUAAAAUUAAUUUUUUUUUUCAAAUUUUGAAAAAAAAGGUGACAAAAGAAAAAAAAUUUAUUUGAAAAAUCUGUGUUUAUGAAGGUUUUUAUGCUUUUAAUGUACACCCAACUGUAUAAUUACACUUUUUUUGUCCUUUUCUAACGCACGCGUUGUCAUGGUAACACGUGCGUUAGAAAAGGAUAAAAAAAUGUUGCCAUGACAACACGUGCUUUAGAAAAGGAAAAAAAAGUGUAGGUAUAUCUGAUCACGAGUGUUCCUUCCGGUUUGACGGCAUUUUGAAAAGUCGUGACAAUUGGGUGGUUUCCAUUGUCCCCACUCGCCA